AUGAUCACCGCUCAUUCUCCACCGCUUUACCAUGCCAUCAGUUCUUUUCUGUUCUUUCGUCAGUCCCUUCUUCCUAUGUCUGUCCAGCCGAAGCUGAAACCUAAUGACGGUGCUUCCUCCUCUGUUGGAGUUUCCGUUGGUGGCCGUCGCAAGUGUCGCCGUCUUCCAGCCUUUUCUGUUCUUCCCCAAUACCUUGAUUCCGGGGACUGUGACUGUGUUUGUGAGUUCUGCGGUGCAUAUUUCUGGUAUGUUGAGAGGGUCCUGAAGUUCUCCACACCUGGUCAUCCGAGGUAUAAUCACUGUGCAGGGGUGGGGAUGUUGUGCUUCCUUACGUCUGUUAACUUCGUGAUUUUUGGGGACGAAUCGGUUCCUGUUGGGACAGUUGAUGAAGCGUGUGGGUCUCUAAGUGAUGUAGGAUUUAGUGGUGGUGGACUGCUUAUACAGUCGGAGAUGCAACAUGGUCCGGUGAAUAUGGUGGCGGGUGCCCAGAAUGUGAAUGGGGUUGCAGUUGGUGGACUUGAAGGGUAUUUGGGUAAUUCGAGGUUUUCCUAUUAG